AUGUUCUCCAUUAACAUAUCCACCUGGCUUCACAAUCAAGGCCAAGCAAUAUCUUUACAGGCUUCUUUGGAUGUUGAGCUGCCUACGGGAGUCGCCGUGGAUGGCAAUUCCAUGCUGGCGGUCACGAAGGCAGCGCAGCAGGUGUUUCUCUUCAUCUACGAGAAGAACGACGGCUCAUGGGAGGAGGUCUACCGCCAAGAGAUUGGGGAAACAUCUCCGUUUGGAAACUUCCUCGAAGAUGCAGAUAUUUCCAGCUCCGGCAAGGCAGUGGUGACAGGGGCUUCAAACAACAUGCGAAGGGCCUCCUUCUUCGAGAGGGGCACCGAUGGCAUUUGGGGGCCAACGCAGACAUUGCUCCUCAACAGCUCUAUAGGGGAUGUCAGUGCGAGCAUCUCUGCGACCGCCGCAGUAGUGACUUCCUUCGUCACUGACGUUGAUCAGAUGCGUAUCAACACCACCGCCGUUGGCAGGAUCAUCGGGUGCAACACAACCGAACCUACAACUCCGACGCCGACAUACGGGCAUUCGUACUACCGGGACUUUCGGCGCUUCCGACGUAGACGGCGCCGGAGGUGCAGGCGCUGCAAGUAUGGAUGGUAUGAGCAAGCGACUUGA